UUUUUGUGUUAUUGGCAACUGGCAGAGCGAAAAAUUGUUCAAUUCGCUCUUUGAUAAACUUCAGUUACAAUGUACUUUAAGUUUUCUAUUUUAUUACUAUCGUUUACCCUAGAUGCCGUUACCGCACCGAGACUAAGCAAUGAAGAAGUUCUAAAAAGAGUUUUCACGCUGUAUAAAUCAUAUUGUAAGGUUUCUGAGGGAAAUGGUCUUACAGAGUCAAACUUGGGAACAUGUUUGGGUCCUGAUAACUUACAACUUAUACAAAAUUAUUUUGAUACAAAUUCUACUUCACAAGAAGAACGAAGCAAUAUACAACUUGAACAGUUUAAGAAUCUUAUGACAGCUUUAGAUUUGGUGGAACAUCUGCGGAGCACACUCGAUAAAACAAACAGACAAUUAAAAAAAAUGCGUUCUCGAAAAUCCAAUGCUAAUGUUAAAGCAGAUAAUAUUAUUGAAAAAAAAUCAAGCGAUUAAAUAUUAAUUAAAACGAGUCUUUAUGUUUUGUACUAAAUAGUAGACAAAAAUAAUGCUUUGUACUAUUGCAGUAAGUUUAAUAAAACUGUAAUACAACACACGACGAAUAAUCCAAUGUUAGUGUUAAUCUUAAAAGAAAUGGUUUCUAAUCUAUAGCAUUGCUGCACAACAAAAUAAAUAAAGUAAAAUAAAAAUAUCACUGUAAAAACAAUAACUUUUCAAUUUUCGGCUCCGCAUCAAAAACCAUAGCUAAUAAAUAAAUUACUUACAUAUUGUUCAUUAUACAUUGUAUUUUUACAGUUUUCUUUAUUUACACAAAUGUGUGAAAUAAAAAUAUCGUCUGAUAAAAAAAACUCCAAUUUUAAAAAAGACACUUGUAUUAACAUCUGAUUUUCGGUGGAACAAAGUAUAAUAAUAUCCACAUCAAUGUUGCAGUAGUCCCUAUAAUUCGUAAAAUCCUGUUAAAAUAUUUUAAAGAAAGAAAAGUCUACUUGGAACAAACAAGAAGCAACAUAUUCUUGGUUUCUUAUUCCAAAGCAAAUUAGAUGUUUUAAAAAAAUGGUUUGCGGUAUAUUUAAAAAUGAAUAAAUUUUAUGUAUAAUUAUGUUUCAUAUCUAUUUUAAAU